AUGUCUAAAACCCAGCUGGAAUCCACGAGUUUUCCUGGGGAAGAUUGCAAGCAGCAGAUGCUAAUGGAUGGAGAAAGAGAUCAGGAAAGUACCGAAUCAAAUGAAUCAAGCCCACGAGAGGAAAUCGAUAUUGCUCAAGAGAUCUUGAGAGUGAUUGAAUCUGUUGCCAGACUUGGAGAUUACAGAAGAAGUCAUAAGAAGGAAUGUUAUGGCCUUGUUAGACGGAUGAAACUUUUGUUGCCAUUCUUAGAGGAGAUCAAGGAUUUUGAUGGGCCAAUUUCUGACGUGGGUAUUGCUUCUUUGAGUAGUUUGAAGAAGGCACUUGUUUUGGCCAAGAGGCUGUUAACAACUUGCAAUGAAGGAAGCAAAAUUUUUCUGGUUGUCGAGAGCGAGGCGGUUAUGAUGAGAUUCCAUAAUGUUCUUGAAAAAUUAUGGAAAGCUCUUGAGGCUGUGCCUUUCUAUGAAUUUGAGAUCUCUGAUGAGGUGAAAGAACAGGUUGACCUGAUGAAAGUGCAGCUUAGACGAGCAAAGAGGAGAACGGAUACACAAGAUAUAGAGCUCGCAAUGGAUAUGAUGGUGGUACUAACCAAAAAGGAUGACCGGAAUGCUGACAGAGCCAUAAUAGAAAGGCUAGCGAAAAAGCUAGAGCUGCUUAGCGUUGAAGACCUGGAGAUUGAAACUGUAGCUAUGAGGAGUCUUGUUAAAGAGAGAGGAAACCAAGUAACCGAGAGCACCCAGCAAAUGAUUGAUCUUCUUAACAAAUUUAAGCAAAUUGUAGGCAUGGAAGUGACCGAUGUGCUUGACGAUCCUGUUGUGCCUAAAAUGCUGAAGAAGAGCCUGUCUCUGAUCAUCCCACAUGAAUUCCUCUGUCCAAUCACACUAGAAAUAAUGACAGAUCCUGUUAUUGUUGCAAGCGGCCAGACUUAUGAGAGAGAGAGCAUACAGAAGUGGAUUGAUUCCAAUCACCGGACCUGUCCGAAGACUCGAGAAACACUGGCUCACCUGUCAUUGGCACCAAAUUAUGCACUCAAAAACUUAAUCUUGCAGUGGUGUGAGAAUAAUAAUUUUGAGCUUCCCAAAAAGCAUGUUCCAGCAAGCUCAGACCCCGAGACCUCCUCUGAACACCAAGAGAAAGUCUCUUCUUUGGUUAAGGACCUAUCUUCCAGUCAGCUGGAAGUGCAGAGAAGGGCCGUGAAGAAGAUUCGCAUGCUCUCCAAAGAGAAUCCUGAGAACAGAAUCUUGAUUGCCAACAAUGGAGGAAUCCCACCAAUAGUUCAACUCCUGUCCUAUCCGGAUUCUAAAAUUCUAGAGCACGCCGUAACAGCUUUACUGAAUCUAUCUAUUGAUGAGAAUAACAAGAGUCUCAUAACUAAGGAGGGAGCCGUUCCAGCUAUAAUAGGAGUUUUGAAUAGUGGAACCACUGAGGCUAGAGAGAACUCUGCAGCAGCUUUAUUUAGCUUAUCAAUGCUUGAUGAGAAUAAAGUGACCAUAGGGUUGUCUGAUGGCAUCCCACCAUUAGUAGAUUUGUUACAGAAUGGAACUGUAAGAGGAAAAAAAGAUGCUGCCACUGCACUCUUUAACUUAUCCCUCAACCAUUCAAAUAAAGGUAGGGCUAUAGAUGCUGGCAUUGUCACACCAUUACUCCACUUGGUCAAGGACAGGAAUCUGGGCAUGGUCGAUGAGGCCCUGUCGAUCUUUCUACUCCUUGCAUCGCAUCCUGAAGGGCGAAAUGAGAUCGGACAGCUCUCAUUUAUUGAAACUCUCGUAGAACUCAUGAAAGAUGGCACCCCCAAAAACAAAGAAUGUGCAACUUCAGUUCUUCUUGAGCUGGGAUCCACCAAUUCUUCUUUCAUGCUAGCGGCACUUCAAUUUGGCGUGUACGAAAAUUUAGUUGAGAUCUCAAAGAGUGGAACCAAUAGAGCUCAGAGGAAGGCAAAUUCUCUGUUACAGCUUAUGAGCAAAGCUGAACACAUUUGA